AUUCCCGCGCCUGCUAAAAGAUCCCUCGCUCGCUCCCAACUUCGAAAACCCCCAAACUCUUGCGAGCAGCGUUGCAAACGGGCGAGGCUUUCCUCCCCCUUCUUUUUGGCAAUUCCCUCCCGCGCCAAAGAAAGCCCGCCGCUUGCAUUAUUGGAAAGCGACUUAAGGAAAAGGGGGGUCGAUCUUGCUUUAAAUCUUGCCCCCCCCUUUCCUCCCCUCCCCUCCCCCGAGAGGGAGGGAGGGAGGGGGAAAAAAAAAGAAAAGAAGGCUCCCUCGCGAUGGCCGCGAGCGGAGACUCGGCCAGCGCCAUCCCCCCUCGGGCCGGUUGGACUCUGCGGGAGGACGAAGCCGCCUCGGCAACGGCCGCGGCGGUAGAGGGAGCCGGUUGCAACGGCUGCUGCUCCUCCUUAGCCGGCCCGAAGGAAGUGAAGCAAAGCAGCAGCAGCAGCAGCAGGCGGGAAGGAGGCUCCUCCAGCGGCGAGAGAACUUGCCAGAGAAGGAAACUUCCCUGGGUUUUGGGCGCCGGGUCGGUGGCGCUGCUCCUGGCUUUGGGGACCAUCUUGGGGCCGGACGCUGGAGAAGAAGCGGGCCAGGAGGGCCCCCCAGGUGAGCCCAGCUGGUCCCCGCCGCCCGGCCCGGCGCUGUGCUGCUGCUGCCUCCUCCUGGCCGCCUACUUCUGGCUGGGACUGGAGCUGCUGCGCGCCGGGCUCCGCUUGCGCACCGCCGUCCUGCUCCUGGCCGUCUGCUGCUGCGGCGGGGAAGCGCUCGCCGGCUCGCCGCUGGGGGGAGAAGAUCACCGCUUGCUCUCGGCCGGCUUGGGGCUGUGCAGCCUGGCCGGCUGGGCAUGGCUUCUCCUGCCCCGGCUCCGCCACGGCGUCCUCAUGCUGGCCUUGACUAGCGGGCUGCGCCUCGCCUCGCUCGGCUUCUUGGAGGGCGUCCGGGCGCCGUGGAGACCUCACCUGGCUUAUCUCCUGGGCUUGCUGGGCAUCCUCCUGGCCAGCUGCGCUCGGCACGCCUCCGGAAAGCGGGAGGAGGAGGAGGAGAGCCGACCAGGAGCGGAAGGAGCCGAGUCCUCCUCCUCCGCCGCCGCCGCCGCCGCUGCUGCUACCGCUGCCGCCCGGCCGGCCAAGGAAGACGCGGCGGGCUUGAAGAGGAGGCGGCGGUCCAGCUCCGUGAUCUCCGCCGAGAUGGCAGGUUGCGGCGGCAAGAGCCACCGGAGGACCUCGCUGCCUUGCAUCCCUCGCGAGCAGUCUUCGGGCACCAGUAUUACCGUAGAUAUUGCCAUCAUGGGAGAAGCUCAUGGACUCAUUACUGACCUCCUGGCAGAUCCUUCGUUGCCACCCAAUGUCUGCACCUCCCUUCGAGCAGUGAGCAACCUGCUUAACACACAGUUGACCUUCCAAGCUAUCCACAGACCAAGAGUCAAUACUUUGGCAUCCUUCAAUGAAAACUACACCUGUUCGGACACAGAAGAAUGUUCAGAGAAGGGAGAAAAGCUUACUAUUCCCAAGCGCUUUAGGAAAAGCCUUCCCCCAGGUCUUCUACGGCGAGUAUCCUCCACUUGGACGACAACCACAUCUGCCACCGGUUUACCCACCUUGGAGCCAGCAUCUGUUCGAAGGGACCGCAGUCCCAGCAUCAAACUUUAUGAUAAUUCAUCACCCAGCUCUGACUCAUGGAACAAUUCUCUCCUGAUGACACUCACCAAAAGCCGAUCCUUCUCAACCUCCUACGCCAUGUCGGCUGCCAACCACCUGAAUUCAAAGCGGCCAAACCGACAAGGUAUCUCCCCGAAUAUUUCGCCUCUUGUCUCCCCAAGCCAUUCACCCGUCCAGGGCACACCAGCCAACAGUCCCAUCCGUAGAACCUCAGGAGAACAAUUUCCAGAGUUGACUGUCAUGGCCACUGUCCAAGCCAUCAAGCCUCACAAGGUCUUAGGUUGCACUCAGAGUGCCCCUAUCCUAUCGGAGCCUGUGGAAGGCACCUCUGUCAUUUGCAGUAGCUGUGGCAGGCCAUACAGCCAAACAGACCGCAGAGAAGGAAUGCUGGAUAGGAAUGACGGGGCCGUGCAUACCUUGAACAGGACAGAUGAUCCUGCGCAGGCCACCUCCGACUAUGAGACGAAUAACAGCGACAGCAGUGACAUUGUGCAGAAUGAAGACGAGACACAUUGCGCCAAGGAGCCAACCCAAGCGGGCCCGCACUGCAGGGCGUUUGCCCCCGAGACCGUCAUGUUGCAUCCUUUGCUGCCUGUGGAGGAAAAACCUAUCCUUGCUCCCGAGCCUCUAAUAAUGGACAAUUUGGACCCGCUAAUGGAGCAACUAAACAAUUGGAAUUUCCCAAUCUUUGAUUUGGUAGACAAAAUCGGCACGAGAUGUGGUCGGAUUUUAAGUCAGGUAUCCUAUAGACUCUUUGAGGACAUGGGUCUGUUUGAAACUUUCAAAAUCCCUAUACCAGAGUUUAUGAACUAUUUCCAUGCCUUAGAAUGUGGAUAUAGAGAGAUACCUUAUCAUAACAGAAUUCAUGCUACUGAUGUCCUCCAUGCUGUCUGGUACCUUUCAUCCCAGCCCAUCCCUGGACUCCCAACUAUGAUUAAUGACCACGGAUCAGCAAGUGAUUCAGAUUCAGAUAGUGGGAUCACUCACAGCCACCUGGGAUACUUAUUGUCAAAAACGUACACGCCAGCAGAUGACAACUAUGGGUGCUUGGCGGGCAACAUCCCAUCCCUAGAAUUGAUGGCCCUCUAUGUAGCUGCUGCCAUGCAUGACUAUGAUCAUCCAGGGAGAACCAAUGCCUUCUUGGUGGCCACCAGUGCUCCUCAGGCCGUUCUGUAUAAUGACCGUUCUGUUCUGGAGAACCAUCACGCAGCGGCUGGGUGGAAUCUUUUCAUGUCCCGGCCAGAAUAUAAUUUUUUAAUCCAUCUCGAUCAUGUGGAGUUCAAACAUUUCCGGUUCCUUGUCAUCGAGGCCAUUUUGGCCACUGAUCUGAAGAAGCACUUUGAUUUUGUGGCUAAAUUGAAUGCCAAGGUGAACGACGAUGCGGGCAUUGAUUGGACAAACGAGAACGACCGAUUAUUGGUUUGUCAGAUGUGCAUCAAACUAGCCGAUAUCAAUGGUCCAGCCAAGUACAAAGAUUUACAUCUAAAGUGGACAGAUGGCAUCGUGAAUGAAUUUUAUGAACAGGGUGAUGAAGAAGCCAGCCUAGGUCUCCCCAUCAGCCCUUUCAUGGACCGCUCUGCUCCGCAGUUAGCAAAACUCCAGGAAUCCUUCAUCACCCACAUCGUGGGCCCACUGUGUAACUCCUAUGACUCAGCAGGACUGAUGCCAGGCAAAUGGAUUGAAGAUAACGAUGAGUCAGGGGAUACAGAUGAGCACGAGGAGGAUUCCUCAGACAUGGACUCCUGUGACAGCCAUGAAGCAAGAAAGAAAAGGAGGAAAGUCUACUGCCAGAUAACUCAGCACUUGCUGCAGAACCAUCAGAUGUGGAAGAAGGUCAUGGAAGAGGAAGAGAGGAGAGCUGGGAAGGACAAGCAAAGUGGGGAGCCAUCAACGGCGCUGCACCCGUCCUCCGAACAAAUAGAGGCUAUUAAAGAGGAGGAAGAGGAGAAAGGGAAAGCCAAAGAGGAAGACGAUGACACAGCUUCGGAAGCAAACCUACGACAGUGACGGGAAUUUUUGUACAGUAUUUUGGUGCAAGGACAUCUUGCAUAACAGUUGUUUUUAAAAGCC